CAAAACAGCAAGAACUUAACCUCAUUUCACCACUAAUGAGCAACGAUGAGUUUGUUUUUGGGGCCGCAUAAUCGCUUCCUUUGAUUUUGGACCAAAAAAAUGUAUCACGAGAUAGCACACAUGUCGUCCGAUACCCUUGAGACCCUGGACACAAAUGAACUCAGCAGGAAAGGUCAGAAUUAAUGUGCAAGCCUGCCCCAAGACGGAAAACAUUAGCGUUUGCCCAAUGUUUGACGUCAGGAAAAUAAAGAGAAGGAUCUUUCGAUGAAUCGCCAAUUAAGAGUCUAAUAUUUAUAUUGUUUUCAAUCUUAGUAGCAUCGUUAUAUCUCCAACAGCUACUAUAGCUAAAAAGGUAAACAAAUAUCAUCUCAGUACACGGUGGCGUACAGCAAGAACGCAUUUCCAAAUCAACUUCUUUAAACGAAAAAUUUAAGUCAAAUUUCACCACAAACAUCUACCAACGAUGGAUGCCGAUGGGGACAAGAUUGAAAGCACGGAACCUCCCACCGAACUGUUUGAUUGUACCAAAUCUCUCAUGCGGGAUAACUUGUACAAGAUAAAUCAUCAAGGUAAAAGGUUGCGCCCUUUUCCUUUCGAAGUGCUUGAGGAAAGCAUUACGGAUAUUCCGCAUCUGGAAGAAACCACCAUCUCGCGACAACCGUUCCCAUGUCCGGUUGGACAUUGCCGACAGCCUUGCUGUCUGUUUAUGUUUGCCACCCACAUCACCUUCGACCAUAAGGAUGUGCUGGUGGAUACAAUAUGGCCCAGUGAACCAACCACGGUAUUGAUCGAUCCGUACACCGCGGAUGUCGAUCAAUCUCGUUGCCAUAAGCUACAUCUUUUAAGUGGCAAAAUCAGAGGUCUUGGCGAUGGGAAGCAUCGUGAUAAGCUACCCUUUGCGCUAAUGUCAUCAAAAUUUUCACUACAAGGCUCGAUGCGAUUAGUACUGUGGAUUACCGGACCAGAUGCGGGUGGAAGUUUACGGCAACGUUACACCAUGGAGGCAGGACGUAACGAUCCAAACAGGCUGCUCCCGUACGCGGUAGCCUUCAGUGGGGAAAUUGUCCCCGUACACAGCCCUCAAGACGCGGCCGCGGUACACCAGUCCGGUGUUGGGCUUGUUAUUCCCGAACAGCAGCUGGACUAUCUUACCGACAGCCGGACGAAACUUCUCGAAGUUUGUGUUCAUUUCUAUUGAUAACUUACCGGCGGGUUUGGGAAUGUAAAUGACCGCCGAUCGCCUUCAGUUUCUUCCUCCGAAACAUGACCGUGGGAGGACAAACACAGGAUGUGAAAGAGUGUAAAACAGCACACGAAGAGAGUGUUGUCUGUCCCGAUUAACACUUGAAGAAUAAUUCAUCAGGAAACGCCCCCGUGUCUGUCCAGGUUUGCUUCGUUGACAUCGGCCCAAUGGUCACGGGUUAAUGGGUUUUGUGAAAUGGAAGCAAGCCAAAUACCGCAGACACACACGCCAAUUAGCAUCGAAUUGUCGUUCACGAACCGCUUGAUGCAUACAUUUCUAACCGGCUUUGUGUCGCGAUCGCCCAAAACUUUUGCAGAUAAAAUCGUUGUCUAAAACGUGACCCAUCACACUUUGGUUCUUUAUUAACGCCGGAGUGGGUAGUUUGAUUCCUGUCGAUUACAAACAAACGCAUACGAAUUGAAUAAAGAAUGAGUGAAUGUUUUUGCAAUGACA